UCAGGUCUCCUCUACGCCUCGCGCGUUAUCUCGCCUCCCCGUCAUCGUGUCUCGGGAGUCUCGGGUGGGCGAUACCGCUCGUCGCCGGCGAUACCGGUUUAACGCGUGCCACCGUGGAAGUGUCACAGAACGACGCGGCGUCGACUCCAUGAAAGUGGGCGGCGUAUCGUCGAGCAGCGGGAGCCGCCGAGGAUGUCGCGAUCGUACCGCGUGAUCGCCGUUGUGCUGCCGUGUUUGAUCCGGGCCCUGCUCGCGGACAACUGUUCCAUCUCGGCGUACCAGUGCGGUGCGCACUUCUCGUCAUGUCCGAGUAUCUUCGAACGUAACAAUGUUUGCCCGUUCAGCAGGAUGCCAGGCCAGCUGGAGGAGAUCAAGGGUAGCAAGCGUGCCACCUUCGGCAUGGGCUGCUUCUGGGCGGGGGACUCCCUCUUCGGGGCGCUGCCGGGCGUCAUCAGGACCUGCGUCGGCUACGCCGGUGGCACCAAGGAGAUUCCAGUGUACAAAAACAUGGGUGACCAUACGGAGGUCAUCAAUAUCGAGUACAAUCCAGAAGUGGUGUCCUACACACAUCUGUUGAACUUGUUCUGGAACAAUCACGAGUAUAGUCUAACGAAAAAGAUAAAAAGACAGUACAUGUCGUUGAUCUUAUACCAUGACGAGGAGCAAAGGUUGCUAGCUGAAAAAUCACGUGAACAAGAACAGCGGAAGCGUGGGGAAGUUUUCGUCACGGAGAUCAAGAAAUUUACGCAGUUUUAUCCGGCCGAGGAUUACCAUCAGAAAUAUCGACUGCAGAAUCAUCCGUGGCUAGUCGAGACCUUGGGGCUCGUCACACCGGAAAUCCUAUGCGCCUCUCCGCUGGCGGCCAAAUUGAACGGUUACAUUGCGGGUGCUGGCACCCUCGAACAAUUUGAGAGUGAACUACCAAACUUAGGAUUGAGCGAGAAAUCGGCGCAAUAUUUAACGAAAUAUAUUACCGAGAAUCAGGGCAGUGGUUUAUACUGCUAGCAAAUCUAGCUGCACAAUGAAAAAAAUUUGCCAAGAAUAUUUUUUUACACUAAUAGACGUAGGCUGGACAUCAUUCGAUCUCUUCGGAAGAGGAGAACCACGCGCACACAGCCUGAUACAUAUACUUAUACGUGUAUACUAGGUGACACAAAUGUCUCAAAUGUUCUUGCUAACCGGACACCGUUUAUAUCAAAUUGUUCAUAAUAUUUAAUGCUGUGGUUGUAUUUAACGUUCACGUCAUGUAUCCCACAGCUCACAAAUUCCGGCGCUCGAUCUUAAUUUUAAUAGCAUAAUUUGCUAACUUGGAGUUGACUUUUCUUAACAAAAUUUGCUAACUUGGACUUGACUUUUCUUAACAAAAUUAUCGAACAAGUUUACGAAUUAUAAACUGUAUAACGUCAAAUAGAUAAGAAAAUCGUACUUUAAUAAUUUUUCCGCAAAAAGAUACCAUGUUGGACAAUAAAAAUCAUUGCGGUGUUAAAUACAACUAUGAUAUUAAAUAUUACGAUUCUCAAUUUCCUUCUUUAUUUUCAUGGAGAAAAGUCGGCUUCAAUUUUAAGCAGUUUUAUCAAGGCUGAUAUGCAGCGCCAGUAUUAAAAAUCUAUACUUCACGUUACGUUGGAUGCUUUCCAAUUGCUUAACACACGUAUGUACACAAGAAAGCAUAAUGUUGUCUACGACUCAGUUAGAACAAAGUGUGUACCAUGUGUAAUGUAUAUGCUACGCAGUUUCGGAUAGAGUUAGGAUUAUUUUUUAAUAUCAUGCCCAUGGCUUAGCAUUUUUUAAUUCCUAGUAGAUAGAAACUGCGUUUUUAUUGUUUCAAUUUUGUUUAUAGCUGUCGCAAUUACUAUUUAAUUGUAGGAAAUAUAAGCUUACACGGCCAAUUAAUAGCCUUCACUCUCAGGCCGAGUACAGAUGUGCAACAUUUUGUUGAUAAUUACGACAAUUAGAAUGUAACUUGUUGAACACGAAAAUAUCAAAGGAUAUUACAGUUGAAGAGCAUCCAUUUACUAUAGAUGCUUUCCAAUUGCUUGACACAUCUUGCAUACAAAAAAUGUACAAAAUGUAACGUGCACGACUCAAUUGAAACAAAAUGCAUACUAAUGUAUACACUGUGCACAAUUUUGGAUAGAAUUACCAUGUUUAUGCCUUAGCAUUUGUUUAAUUUCUGAAAAUGAUAGAAACUGCAUUUUCAUCGUUUCAACCUUAUUUAUAGCUGCCGCGGCUAGUAAUUAUUUGUCACUAGUUUACACAGCCGACUAGUAAUCACGGGCUGAGUACAGAUAUGUCAACAAUUACAAUAAUUAGAAUGCAACUUGUGUUGCCGGCUGCAUUUGGAAAGCGCGCUAUUAGUGCUAUUCCGUCAUUCCAUCUUUAUCGAUCAUUAAACAUAAAAUAAAGAUAAAAUAGCACGCUCCACGAACGCAUUUGCGGUGUGCACGAAAGUGUCUAGGGAAAUUGCAAUUGGAAAGUAUUCAUUUUCAAUACUGGCAAUGAAUUUCGGAACAUAGUUCCAUAUACUUAGGACUCCUAUAUUGUUAAAAAGAUUGUUAACAUCAGAGUAGACGAGCGGACUUCUCAUUUUAAUGCACUCGCAAUGCGGAUUAAAGAGAUCCGAUAUUCUUUAUCUCGCUCUCUUCACACACCCCCACUCGCGUAGAGCUAUGUUAGCAGUAUAGGAGUGUUAAGUAUCCGUUUGUUUUCUGUUCCUGAACUCUCUAAAUAAGUGUACACUUAAAAUGAAAUAGAUAGAUGUUUUAAAGUUAGCGAAAGUAAGAAGGAACGUUCCAGUGCAGUCUAGUGCAGGAAUAGAAAACAAGCCUUAUAUGUCCAACCCGUACCAAGCACACUUGUGCCUUUCUUGCGGGAAUUUCAAUUUCCACUACAUUCUAUUAUAUGAAAAGAAAAUGAAAGUAAAAAGACUGCGAUAAUCUA